AUGAUAGAAGCAGUAUCUCAUGAAGAAUUGUCUGAAGUAUCUAGUCCUGAAGAACAUCAAGAAGUGAAGGAACUAUAUCAGCUACUAAAAGUUUACUUGAGAGUUCGGCCCUUCUCAAAGGCAGAGCUUGAAAAUAAUGAAAACCAGGACUGCUUAAUUAUUGAAAAUCAAGAAACAGUAACACUUCAGGCUCCAAAAGAAUUGGCACAAAUAAAAACUAAUGAAAAGAAGAUUGGACAAUCUGCACAUCAAUUUACCUUCACAAAGGUUUUUGGACCAGAUACAACGCAAAAUGAUUUUUUUGAAGGCACAAUGAAGGACAUUGUAAAAGCUUACCUUGAAGGAAGAAAUGGGCUUGUUUUUACUUAUGGCGUUACUAAUGCAGGCAAAAGUUUCACUGUCCAAGGUUGUCCAAAAGAUGGCGGCAUUCUUCCUCGUUCCCUUGAUAUGAUCUUUAAUCAUAUAAAAGGAAAUUUAAAAUGGGUCAAUGUAUCAAAUUCAGAAGAGGCUUGUAAAAUACUUAAAAUAGGAAAUAAGAAUAGAAGCUUAGCAUGCACCAAGAUGAACCAGCAAUCCAGCCGAAGUCAUAGUAUAUUUUCUAUUCGACUCCUCAGUUUGAGUGAUGAAGAUGUGCCAUGUACUCUUGGAAUCUCUGAACUUUCUCUCUGUGACCUGGCUGGUUCAGAAAGAUGCCAUAAAGCUCAAACCUUUGGAGACAGACUGAAAGAAGCUGGCAAUAUUAAUAAUUCUCUUCUUAUUCUUGGAAAAUGCAUUGCAGCUCUAAAACAAAAUCAAAACACAAAAUUAAGGCCAACUUAUAUUCCUUUCCGAGAGAGCAAACUGACUCGCCUCUUCCAACCAUUUUUCUGUGGUAAAGGCAAAGCCUGCAUGAUUGUCAACGUUAGUCAAUGUGCUUCCACAUAUGAUGAAACACUUCAUGUAAUGAAGUUUUCUGCUGUAGCAAAACAAGUUAUUCCAACAUUUCAACACAAACUCUUCGAUUAUUUUCCUCCAAAGUACAGCAGAAGAGAAGAUAAACCUACAGUGCAUUUUGAUGAUGCAUCAAUUGAGCAAUUUCCCACUUAUGCCAACAUUCCCUCUUCCUCUGAAGAUGAGGAAAUAGAUAUUACUAUUCUGAGCCACGAGGAUCUCUUGAAAACCACAGAGAUGCUAAAGAGUAAACUGAUUGCCGAGAAACAAAGCAAAUUACUUCUUGAAGUCGAAAUACGCAAAGAGAUGGCCAAAGCAAUGUUUCAGCAACUUAUGGAAACAGAAGAAGCUUGGAGUAAACGCUUAGAAGACUUGAAAGAAAGUUAUGAAGAAAAACUGGAAAAUAAAUUUGUAAUGUAUAAAGAUGCCAUAAAGAAGCAUGCAUAUACAUGUGCAAUGGAUCAAGUUGAAGAACGCUAUGUUCCAAUAAACGAAUUCAUAGCUGAACAAGAAAAGGUUCAGGAAAGAGAAAUGAAAAUACUAGAGCUGAAACUAAAACUUGGAGAGCAAAAUAGUCUGCCUUUGGAAAUUCCCGGUUCAAACUCUACAGAAUGGAAUCUAGUUAAUAAAAUCACUGAAAUUGAAAAUUCAGAAGUUAAAUGAAAUGUUGCAAGAU